AAAAUCGGGAAUGAUUAAACAAAUCUCUAUAAAGUGAACCUAAAAGCCAAUAUAUGACUAUAUGUUGAAGACGGGAGAGCUAGCUAAUAAGUGAUGUACAGUUGACAGUGUUUGGUGGUUUAAGUACCGAAAGGGGAGGUCCUUGCCAGAACUUGCUGUUAGCUAAAUCUAUGAAAAUGCCACCACUGACUAUUGAGAAAACUAACACCUAGUGCUGAGGGAUUCACAUGAUAGCCACAACAUGCAGGCAUAUUUAAUCAAAUCGUCGCCCAACAGAUGCAACCAGUAAACAACGUUGUGGGCAUUGGGAUAUAAAACGGUGGUAUAGCGGCAGAGCAGCAGCUUCUAAUGGCUCAGUAAUCCGCCUUGUCAUGUUCACACACGUGGCGGCAAAGAAAUACGCUUUUUAUGGAUAAACUGUCUCACUGAUUUGAAAGACGUUUUUCUCGGGUAUUGGAUUGUAAUAUAUCAUAUCUGUUACAGAAUUAUUGACUCUGUGUACGAGCUCCAUCUCCACUUACACCCUACUCAAAUAGGACUUUUUUAUACACGUCCUAGAGUCAACACAAUUUGUGCAUUAUAACCGGUAUGGAUUGACCAAAUACAACCACAAAGUUUUGGAGACACACAAGCGGAAUAUUAAGGAUAAAGGAAUUCCUGAAGCGACCAUUAUGGAUUUGGAAGUGACAACUGUUAACACUUUAAGUGCCGUGGCAUUCAUGAUGUGGGAGAGUUAAUUAUCAUGGUAGUAGGAAUAUCCGCUUUGACAGAAAGAGGAAUAGCAUCUUUAAAUCUCGGACAACAUUCUAAAACAAAAACACAGUUUAUCUUAUUAUAUCAAAUACAAUGCAUUAUCAGAAUCGUUCUGCAAUGGAUGACGCUGCUGACAUUAUGUACAGAUCAUCAUACCGCUAUGAGUAGUAUUCAAUGGUUGGUAGGAAUACAAUAUUGACCGACAGGUAUGCUGGCGGAGCGUUAUGUGUAUCAACAGUGGGUACUGAAGACACACUCUGUGAUAUCGAAAUGACCUGGAGGAAUAAUACAUCCCCCGAACGUUAAAACGGUUGGAGUGGGCUUCAAGCAUUGUGUAUUCGACAGGCGACUGUCACUGUUUGUACAAUCUAACGAACGUUAUCAACAUGUCUCAGCGAAAGAGUCAUCGAACCAAGAAGGAUUCUAAAUUAAUGAAGGGUUUUACCAUCGACGAUUCUGUGCUGGGUUUUCCUCCCAAUCGUUCCUCUGUUCAGGGACGGUCCCGGAGGAACAGUUCCAUGAGUUUGACGAGCCCGUCAUCAGAUAGCGAGGGUGAAACAUCACCGUUGAUGCCACGAAGAGGUCGCCGCCUAGCUAUUGUUGACACGUCAAAGAAUUGUGGUGAACCCGCUUCGAUGUCGUCCGACGCAACUCCCAACAAUUCAUGUGACGAAUGCGACUUGGAUAAAGCCGCAAGAUUCCGAACACGACGUCGGAGUUCCAUAGACUUAGAGACGAAGACCUACCAGCGCGACCAGAUCCUCCGGGACAAGAGGAAAAGACUGAUCAAGCGAAAUACUAUCGCUGACUUCUAUAGAUCUCGGGACUCUCCUUCGUCUGAUGACAACAAAAAAGGACGUCCGACGACUUUCUCUUUCAGAAGGCUGAUAAAAACCAGGAGUAAAGAAGAGCUGUCAAAACUAAGCGAUGUUCUGACAAAACUGUCACCUUCUCAGUUCCAGGAUAGCGAUCUAGCCGCUUAUAAGAACUGCCACUGGUCGGACCUAAUCGUCAGUUCAGACAAGGAAAGACAACCCAUAAAAAUUCCCGAGAGUGAACGAAAACGGCGUGAGGCGGUAUGGGAACUGUUUACCAGCGAGUGUGUCUUUCUGAUCGAUCAUCUGAUGGCGUUAAAGCACUGUUUCUUGGAGCCGUUGAAGAAAGUACAGGUGGAAGGAUUUCUGAUGUACAUAGAACCUCCGGAGAUUUUCUGUAACUUAGAUGAUUUGUGCUAUGUAAGCUACACCUUCUGUAAAGAUCUGUUAUCUGUACUGACCAAGAACAUGUCCAAUACAGAGAUAUGGGAGACCAAACGAUUAGAGGAGGUUUUAGAGAGGUUUGCCAAUCUGUCGGAGGAAGGAGAAGUAUACCACACAUACUGCCUCAACUACACCAGAGGACUUAAUUAUUUGGAGAAACUGAAAAAGAAUGACGACUACUGCGAAUUUGAAAAGUGGUGCGAACAGGACCCCCGGUGUAACCGUCUUCAACUGAAUGACUUGUUGGUUUCCCCGAUGCAACACUGCACCAAACUACCACUCCUGCUGGCCAAUAUAAGGAAGUACACCUUGAUCGAGGCAGACAGAGGUUUAUUAGCAGCAGCAAUCGGCAAACUCGAGGUCUCAUUACAAAAUCUGGAAGAGAAAAUGAGAAUGGAACGAAAUACUCGGCGUCUACAGGAAAUUCAAAAGCAACUUGUUUGGCCGUCUAUAUCUGACCUGGAUCCCAAGGUUUACAUUCCUGACUUUCUAAAGUCAAGUCUCUCUAUUCAACCAUGUACGAAACUUUUGUCAUGUCCCAAGAGACAACUCAUGCAUGAAGGUCUACUGACAUUAGUAGAAGCAACGAAAUCCGUCGAUGUACACUUAUUCCUGUUUGAUGACAUAUUGUUGAUAACAAAAAUAAAGAAAUCCGUGAAGAAGAAACAGAAUGCAUUGGAGACGUUUAACGCAAAUGAUUGUAACCUGUAUACAGUGCACCGCCAGCCGAUAGCAUUAGACCGUUUAAGUGUGCAUGACGUGGGCAUGUCGGAGGCAUCAGCAAACGGUCUCAAACACUGUAUCGUCUUAGUCCACAUCAGCAGGUUCCAGCAAAUAAUCGGAGUAUUCACUCUACAAUCAUCCAGCGAAUAUGCCAAGGAAUACUGGAUGACGAAGCUGUGUGAUGCAAAGAAGAAAUAUCAUUCCUCCUCUCAUGACAAUGGCGGCGUAAAUGGGCUCGUUGAUUAUCGUCAGCAAAUGUCGUCCAACGCUACAACCACUGCUACCAAUCAUACACCAGGUGACAUAUCACCGCGCAGGCUCAGACGUGCACGCAUGCUCAGUCAACAUAAAAAGAAAUCCGUCAGCAUGGAUACAGUUUUCAUCACAUGAUAUCAAACAUGGUCCUACUAGCUCUUUAUGUGUCGUUGUGCCCGAAACAAUGUGUUAUUGUAAUCGGGAGAGUGAAGCGAAGUAUCAAAUUGUCUGUGAUAAUGAAUGUCUAUAUUAAAAAUAUUCAAUCUGUC